UAAAGACCAUGACAGCUCCCCGUCGACACUUGUCUGAUACUACGCUUCAGUCGCCGUCCUCCGCUGCUACCGCUGCGCCGCAGCUAUAAACACGAGCUAGGGCGUAUGUCGGCGGAGGUAGAGCGACUCAAAGAUGAGGGCACGAGACAGCAGGUCAUUCUAGCGGGCGGUGUUGCAGGACUCGUGUCCAGAUUCUGUAUCGCGCCUCUUGACGUUGUCAAGAUCAGGUUGCAGCUUCAACCACACUCACUAUCAGAUCCUUUAUCGUGCGAUGGCAUCAAAGGCCCCAUCUACAAAGGCGCCUUUUCCACAGUCCGGGCCAUCGUACGGCAGGAGGGUAUCCAGGGCCUAUGGAAGGGGAACGUUCCAGCUGAGUUGAUGUACGUCUGCUACGGUGGUAUUCAAUUCGUCGCGUACCGUUCCAUCACUCAGGCUCAGAGUCUACUACCAACCCGCCCGCCACCAUCAGUAGAAUCGUUCAUCAGCGGCGCAGGUGCAGGAGCCGCUGCGACUACAGCCACAUAUCCUCUCGAUCUCCUACGGACCAGGUUUGCGGCACAAGGAUCAGAGCGGAUUUAUCAAGGAUUGUUUGGCGCCGUACGCGACAUCACCCAUCAUGAAGGCCCAACGGGGUUCUUCCGAGGCCUGAGCGCCGCGGUCGGGCAGAUUGUGCCGUAUAUGGGUCUUUUCUUCAUGAGCUAUGAGUUUUUGCAUCAAUAUAUUGGUGGCAAGACACUCCCAUUUGGCUCUGGAGAUGCUACUGCCGGCGUCUUUGCCAGCAUCUUCGCGAAAACCGCGGUGUUCCCGCUUGACCUGGUGAGAAAGAGACUGCAAGUCCAAGGCCCGACUAGGACGAGAUACAUCCACACCAAUAUUCCCGAGUACAAAGGCGUGUUUCGGGGCCUUGCAGCAAUUUGGAGACGAGAAGGGUACCGAGGCUGGUACCGUGGGUUGACUGUCAGUUUGAUCAAGGCCGCUCCAGCCUCUGCAGUAACGAUGUGGACAUACGAACGAGUUCUGCAUGCACUCAUAAACACCGAGCACGACGAUGAACUGUGGGAGAUAUACAAUCCUUAUGACGAUGACGAUUCUGAUGACUGAGUCUUAGCAGGCGUUAGCUGGGACUUUGGGCUUUAAGGAGUUUCCCAAUUGCAAUUUACUUUACAGCGCAGUACUUUGUCACGGCAUGCAAGCUAGCGCAGGUGCAGCAGACGAGCUUUCUCGACUUGAUACCUAGUUAUGCUCUCCCAGCUUAAUCAGCUUAGUACGGGACGGGCGGUAGCAAGUCACGAAGACUACACCUAGCAACUCCGAGACAAGACACAGGGACGGAAGUUUGUUGGUGGUCUAUGCGGGUCUUUUCCAUUUGGGCAAGGCUGAUAGACUUGUUGUUUGAGUGUGGCUGCCGGGGACGACCUUCUCGUUUAUCCUUUGAACGGGAUUUGUGAGUUCUGAACCGCGGCGCCUAUAACCGGGUCGCCACCAUUCCUGGUGGAUGCAGCCUGUUUGGUCCUGUCAUACGAAGCCGGGAGGGAUGACAGCGAGAAAGCGCUUAGGAGGUCAUUUCCGCUUGGGAAUUUCAUGACUUCAUCUUGAAUCGUAUAUCUUUGAUUCAACUGUACACUGUCUUAUCAGCUUGCCGGGACGGCAUACG